AACGCCCAAGCAUGCGCCGCAAGUCCUCCGCCCAGAACCUCCUUACAUCCCUGAAGCCCGGUUCUUUAGGACAAGCCUCGCAGGGAAUCGCAAUCUCAACCAUCUCUGGUUUACCGUUCGGUGCCGCGCUUCCAACGCCAACAACGGGAACAGGUUCCAUGGUGCGAGACUGGGACGUUCAGUCAUCAUUGACGGAUUCAACCCAUGCGUCGAGCUUGCUAAAUGGUGGCGCCGUUGCGCAAGGAACGUCAGUCGAAAUGCUGCGGGAGCUGGUCAAGAAGAGGAUCAUCACGCUGACGUACUUGCGGAAUGUACAUGAAGGGCGAAGUCACUGGUUUCAUACAAUCAUGAUCACCCGUGGGGAGCUCGGUAAGGUAUUCUCGAAUACAGCCAUGAAAAAUCGGACCUAUCGCUUUGCGUGUCUUGGCAUGUCGCUGGCCAACUACUUUGACGUUAAGGAGCCUCAGGAUUUUCUACGCGGCCUGUUAAACGCACUAAUGGAGUUUGAUCAAUCAAAAGAGGAUGGGGAGCGGCCGAAGAUGCGUUCACUUUUCAGGUCGGGAAGACCAAAGCGACAGCUAGGAGCGACAGAUUACGCGAUAUCCUACACGGAUUCAUUAGAAACCUCCUUCUUGGUCAUGCCUCAUGUGCCUUUCCCCUUAGAUUAUCAUCAAACCCUACUCUCCCUUCUGGACAUCCUUUCCGAAGUGUACAACAAAAUCUCUAAGAUUCUCGGCCCGUCGCCGUUCCCAAGCUCUGGACAGCACAUGACAGGGCCGUUGGGAUUACUUUCGCCACAUCCUGGUGUCUCCUACUUAUUCUCGGGCACUGAUGCGCUGCCCACGGACGAUGGCGAGAACAGUCUUUGGGGAAUUGCGCACGGGGGAUCUGCUGCAGUGUAUGCUGGGCAAUUAGGAAGUCCACCGCCCAGCUGGACAUCGGCGCUCGGAGACGCGGUUAAGCAGAUAGACAACCGACUAAAGAAACUCAUCGCGGUUUUACUAAAAGAGCUCGAUGACUUUGCGCGGACAGGCAUUAAGGAUGAGCUUGCGUCGCUCGAUCCUCUACUUCGCAAUGUCGAGGUCCUCGAAGAACGCGGCGAGAUUUUCGACCUCGACCAGUGACAUCCGCGACUUGCUAAUAUUAUACAUAUAUCUAUCUAAUCGGGGAUAUGUACGAUAGGGAUGUACUACGUUAUAUGGAUACUUGGACUCGGACGAGACGUCUAAACCC